AUGGGGGAGGGAGGAAAGAAUGGAACAGAACCGAGAUUUUCAAGGCCAACGCUCACCCCUCCCACGUUGGCUGCUGAACUCAUGCUUUCCGGCUUCUGUCAACACUUCACUCCAGGGAGGGAACGUUUUGGAUCUUUGUCUAAUUUCCUUGGUAUUGAGCGAAUGGGCCAGCUAUGUGCAAUGAGGAGACCCCCUCUCACCCUGGCCGGCUGCACCCACGCCUACGAGGAGGGCGCGGAACUCCUCAUUUGCACCCGCACAGCUGUGGCGUCGGCUCUGGGGCCCGGACAGAUAAACACGAGGGUGGUGCUGCCACCUGGCGUCCACACGAGAUAUCUCCUAGAAUAUCACAUGCAUGCUUUAAAGCGACAAGCACCUCUGAAGCACCUCUGA